AUGGCAGAAGUUGCAUUCUGCAUUGCAUCCUGUACAGUGCUGUGCCAGGUCCGCAGCCUGCGGAGAAGAGUGGAGGAGCUGCAGCGUGAAGCAGAUUUCGAUGCAGUCGAUACCGCGGCGAAACAGCAAGACUUUCGUGGACUUCAAAACCAAACACUGCCAGAUUCCAAAUACUGGACUGGAAUGUGUUUGAAACCGAGGAUAAAACAUGUCUUCGGCAUUUGCGAAGAUCCAUUCUUCAACAGUGCUCACGAUUCGGAGGAACUCCAAGAAGAGGUGGCGCAACUGAAAGAAGAGGCCGGAGCUGAAGAGGCAGAGAGACUCCUGGACGAGGCACAAACGCAACUCCUUGAAGAGGCGCCCAUUCUGCGAGUGCAAUGCAGAGAGGUGCGAUGA